UUUUCCACUUCAUUUCCCAUGCUGAUUUCAAAUUCUCCACAACUGAUUAAACGUUGGCGAGGGGUGGCCCAACGUGGUUUUGAGAGGACACAUCUUGAUUCCGGAUAUGGCACCAUAGAUUGCAUAGUCUCAUGUCAUCUUGCUCGUUAUUUCCCUUACCGUCCUGACAGGAUGUUCCUACACGGCUGGUGAUGAUCGCUUUCCUCCGACAUACCGGAACAGCUCUCCGCACGCCACCAUGCGAGCGCAUUCACUUUUCCUCAAGGAGAUCUCUCCCCCGACACCUCAUAGAAGGCCUGAGUAUCCUACAAAGCAUAAUAGGUUGGUUCGGGGCUAGCCUCAUACAUGUCUGCCAACAUGCCUCUUCCAGCAAGCGAAUUGAGGAAAAGACAAAAGAAAUUGAUUUGGAUGAUUGGCGGGUGCGUUGGGUCAUUGCAUUCGGAAGUGUAAGUCUGGACGGUGCAAGGUUUUGUAAAACGCGAGAGUUUGGUCGUGCCCGUAGUCAAGCUCCUGCUUCCGUGCCCGCCUUUCACUUCACCUCAGCUCGCCGAUCGUCCAACAGUAGACUAUUGAAGGUCGAGUUGAUUUCCGAUUCCUAUCUGUCGCGCAUCGCAUGCUUGCAUCACCAUGCGCCUCACUUUCCCCCGUGCACGUGAGUUUGUUCUGUAGUAAGUAGCACGUCUAAGAUGCUAGAUUGAAUUCUCGCCGAGCUCCGAUCUAUGCACGUCCACCUGUUCUGCCACAUGCGGAGCCCUCACCAAACCAGGACUGCGAUUCUCUUGGUGGUGCCCUCACGCACAUCUCUUCUAAAACUCUCAUGGCAAUGCCCAGGAAGUGGAUGCUAAGCCGAAGAACGUCGCACAGGAAGGAGCUACUAGUAAUUUGGAUAGAGAAGUAAGUGGGCAGAGGCUACGAGAAUCAUCAGAGCGUGCCGGUUUGUGGAGAAUAACGGAGAUGCACUGCAUUGUAAGAGUCCGCAAGGGUGGGCUACUUGUUUUGAAGGCUAGAGGGACCUGGCUGCUGAACUGAGGAUCGACGUCAAGAGAGCAAGAUCCUUUGU